AUGGCCAUACCACAAAGAUCUUUAGCUUGGAUUCUCAUCACUUCAAAAAAUCACCUAUCGGCCUCGUUACGUGCUCGUCCCUCCCAUUCAGUCAAGGUAUGCCUAUACUACUACACUGCAGCUGAGCGUCAUACUCCGUUUCGUUUUGACUUUUUUCUCGGACAGCCGUUGAUGUUUAUGUGCGUUGGCACUCCAUUUGCAACACAGCGCUCAAUUAAACACUGUGCUGGAACUGUUCCCGAACUUCGGGAGCAUGAACGCAGCCUAAACGAAGAACUUCUCGCAAAAGCUAGUCAUGUGUGGUUGCAAAAACACAUGGAAGUAUCAAUGGAAACGGAGAACUGCUCUGAGGAGACUGAGGAGAUCCGCAAACUGGACUCUCAGCUAGACCACCUGAAUGACUACAUGUCAAAAAUGGAAGAGCGGCUGAAACUUCAUAAUGAGAAGCUGAUGGAAACGCUUCGGCAUCAAAAGGAGGAACGCGAGAAACGUCGGCGUAGCUUCCACGAGCGUAUGACGCAGAACCAAGCGGAAGACACAGCAUUUCAGCAACAGAUGGCAUCGAUCUUGAAUCGCGUGGAUUCGGUACGUAAUCGACAAUCUAUCUACGAUAUAGUUAACAGUAUGGACAUUCCUAAAGUACACAAGGUUUGAAUACUGUACUGACAGGCUGCCAUCAUCGUGUUAACAAUUUUUUCCUAUAUUCAUGUCGACUUCGUUAAUCAAAUUCGGCUUUUUUUGAAUUGCACUGACAUUUCGUUAGCGUUACGUGCAGUACGGAAGAUUCACUUGUAUUUUCAAUUUUUUUCGCAUCAUUUCAGAGAGUGUUUCCCAGUCUGUUUACGGUGAAAAUGCCCAGUUAACUUAUUGUGCAGAUUUUUCACUCAUUCGUGUCCUUCUAGCUUUCCGAACACUGUUCCUGUUAUGUACAUUCAUCAUUAUCCCAAUACUGCAUUGCAC